GAAACGAAACGAAUUAUUAAACAGAUUUUUAAUGUUUCUAAUAAGGAUGAAUUAAUUCGACUCCAUCUUGAAUUAGUUGUUCGGAUUGGAUCACAUAAAAACUUAAUCGAGUCGUAUCCAGUUCCUUUCGAAACACUAUUGAUUACUAUACCAAAAUAUUUUUAUCUUAAUAGUGAUUCUAUCAAAAUGAAUCAAUCAAACACAGACUUAAUAAUUGUCACAGCUCAAGCUGGAGAUGCCUAA